AUGCUCCCCGGCUAUUCUUCUACGCCCCAGACGGAGCCGUCGACACAAGACCGGCAACCACAACCCCCCAAUGAGCCACCACGCCCCAGACUGCCGCCUAGGAGAGCCACCCAAGCUUGUCUGGUGUGCAGGCAGCGCCGGGUCAGAUGUGAUGUCUCGUUUAAAGAAGGCGACUGUACCAACUGUAUGCUGGACAGGCUGGAGUGCAUAGUUGUCAGCUCCAAACGGCGUGCCCGACGAAAUCCCAACGAGAAGACACCAGCUUCAUCAUCUAGCAACCAGUCCAGGGCCGGUAAUGAGAGCCCGCGGAACUUGGAGCAAGACGGCAUUCAAAAAUCCCGAGUGCGUCGAGAAAACGACCUGGUUAUCCACUAUACCGAGAGGACCUACCUAGACAGCUAUCGGGAUUCCGCUCUAGAAACCAGCCAGAAUAAUCGAAGCGAGGCCCGCCUGCCUGGAUAUAUCAAAUCUUUUGACGUUAAAAGGAGCGAGGAUCUGGAGUUUCUACGACAGCGGGCUGUCUUUGAGCUCCUUCCUCUAGAGCUUGCACACAUAAUUUUGGCUCGGUAUGAAGAACUCGUCUAUCCAGUGCUACCUAUUCUGGAUGUUGCGGACUUCCGCAGUGCGCUACUUGGUAAAUCAGGAUAUGAGAUAUCCCUUCUUCUGUACCACGCUGUAAUGGUUAUGGGGUUGAACUGUACGGAGAGUGAAGCUGUUCUACAGCUCUCGCACACGACAAAGGGGGAACUGAGAAGCGCGUCGUAUGAAAAGGCCAAGGUAUUGUUUGAUAUUGGGGUUGAGCAGGACAGCAUGGUCCUUUGCCAGGCUUGCCUGUUGCUGGCGGACCGCGACUUCUAUACCGAUGUAAAAGACGCGUCAUACUGGGUUGGUAAUGCCAUCGUGCAUGCCAACAUCCUCGGUCUCUAUAGAGCAAUAGAGACUGCCCCUGGGAGUUGGAAUACCACAAAGGUUUUAUGGUGGUGCGUCGUUAUCAAGGAAUGCGAUGUCUCUACCUAUGUGAACUAUGCACCUCGCGUUUCGCCGUUUACCUCGCCAAUGCUCACCUUGGGUGAUUUCGGCGUCGAGGGCGAUGUCAACAUGGAUAGCGGCAAAGAUAGCAGCCCUUUGGACUCGCCCGCGGCCAAACUUGCCGCUAUCUACAUCAUCAGAGCAAAGCGUUCCUGCCAGGUAUACCUGGUUAAGCGCCAGAUGUACGAAGAAGUCCAACCGUGGAAUGGACAGACGAGCAAAUCUACACAGCGAGCCAUGCGACAGGAGAUGCUUUCGCAGCUCCACUCCUGGGAAUCGGAUACACCUCGCGAACUGCGGAGUGAAACGCUCCAACACGAAUUCGAUUCCAGCCUUGUAGGUGUAACCUGCGCCUCGGCAAUGGCGGAAAUCGUCUACUGGUCGGCGUAUUUCUUUGUAUACAUGCCCGACGUCAGAUUCCACGUAAAAUACACCAAGGGGAUUGAAGUCGUGGUUGACCCAGAAGGCCGGCCCAUCUUACGCCAUGCAGCCAGCCAGAUAGUUACAGUUCUCGAGCGACUUUUGGCUCUUAACAUGGGUCAAUCGCUUACCGCAUCACAUGGAUGGCACCUUGGGAUGGCUGCAUUUGCCCUGCUCCAAGACACUCAAGCUAUCGAUCCAGUAAUCAGAGACAACAGCCUUCGCAAAAUGGAGGUCUGCCAUCGGGCUGCGCAUGCGCUAACAGAGACAUAUCCCCUUCUCAGCCAGGUUACCCUGGGGUUUAAGCCAGCAGAAUGGCAGCCACAUGGAUCCCAACCCAAAACAGAGACCCCUGCUAGCAACCACCCAACCGACGGUGACAAUGAGCGCGGGCCUAGAUGGCAGUCUCAAGACGAAGCUACCGAACAGACUUAUGCCAUGAAUAGUCGCCUGCAUAGCAGGUAUGCUGAAAAGCAUAGAUGCCAAGUCGAUGAUGUCCUUGGCUGGGUUUCGCUGGGAUAA